UUGCAAUGCACGGACGGGGGAGAGGUCAAGCAGCCAAAACUCUGUUUCUGGCCUCUCCACCAAAGGCCCCUCGGGACGAAGGAAGGACACAAGAGAAGUCUGGCACUGGGGGAGCUCUUCUGCCACAGAAGACCAACAAAAGCCACGCUCCUGGGAGUGAGGGCAAGGCCCACGAUGGGCCCAGCACCACCACUGCCCACUCUGUCCCAUCUUUGGGCAGGACCGUGUUCUCCUCCUGGUUUCCUGAGCCCAACAAACCACCAGCCAAGAAAAUUGCACCCAUCAUGGCCAAGGCUGUCAAAGAUUUCAAAAACAGGUUCUCUCGGUAACAACUUUGCCGGCCAGGCCUGGCACUUUCCCUCUCGCGGACAAGUGGCACCCAAGGAGGAGAAGGUCCCCAAACAGCCCUUUUCUUCGGACUCUGGGGAGGCUGCAGCUUUGUCAUCUGCCAAAAGAAAGCUGUACGGAAUCUCCCGGCACAAAAGCCUGGCAAGUCUUGGCACCGGUGGAGAGUGGCAGAUCCAGAGACCACUUACUGCUUAACCUCUUAAUACGUUAUUAAACGGUUUUCAUUACUAUUUUGCCCCUUGUCAUUUUUGCCCUCAUCAAGGUACGGUCCCCCCUAACAGCAAUGCUGGGGGCAAUACCCACACCCGAGUAUGCCGCUCUCGGGCUCAUGAAGGGCCAGUUGAGCAGCGCCCAAGAUUGGCUUGGGGACUCAGCUUUGCCCCGGUCAGCGCGCACAGACAGCUCCGCCGGCUCGGCCUUUGGCAGCCACGCAACCAGCAGCAGAGCUGCUCCAGAGCUGCCACCAACAACAGCCUCCACUACCGCCACCUUCUCCCAGACAGCCAAGGCCUGGGGCAGACAACAUGCCUUGCGGCAGGACAAUCUCUCCCCUUUACCACCCGCACGCACCCCGCAGCGCUAACAGAGAGCACGGCUCCCUCCGCACAUGGCCUGGCUCUGCCCACACCCGUCCUCUGCUGGCACCACCUCUGCCUGAGCUCCCUUUCGAGGCAGACGUGACCCACAGGACCAAACGCUCACCACACAAUCACACAAUGGUGGGGAUGGGAAGGCACCUCUGGAC